AUGCUAACAACCUCAUCCCAGAUUACCAAGACUGUUACCACUCAUAUCCCAGCUAUUGGGGUGGAAACCGUCUAUGUCACUAUCUUCGAUACGAAAUAUGUCACCAGUCGUUCGACUGAGACAUUUAUAGCCAUCCGUACAAACACCAAGACUGUUAAUGUGCCACAUACAACAACAAAGGCAGUUACAGACAUGGCCACAACAUCUAUCACCACGACUGUGACUGACCUCUCCACGACCACCGUGAUUAAUUAUCAUAUUGUUACUCUGACUGAAUCCGCGACCAGCGACCUGACUACCGACCUGACUUCCACUACAAUCCUCGACUUGACCUCUGUUGAAACCACUGCUGUAACCACCGACGUGACUAAUGAUGUGACCGAGACAUCUACAGUCAGCUCCACCGCUGUCGAGUCAGUUACACAGACGGCCGACCUGACGAUUGUCCAGACUUUAACCCAAACUGCGGAUAAUACCAAUACUGAGACAACUUCCAUCACCGCCAUCACAACCGAGACGACCACCGUUGAGGAGACCUCCAUCUCAACCAUUACCACUACAUCAUCUGUUACUGUAAUCGCCACAGUGCCAGCAACCAUUGUUACCACCAUCCCCACAACCAUUGACGUGACAAGCACCGCCUAUACGGCAGAAAUUACGGAUGUUACAGUCACUCAGACGGUAUCGACCACAGCCACGGUGAUCAUCACUUCUACAGCUGCCGCUUCCGCAACUUGCGGUGUCAACCUCAUUAAAAAUGGGGGCUUCGAUGGUGGUGACUCAACCGGCGACUCUGGCGGCAGUCUCUCUUCCUGGACUUUUGGGUACUAUGGUAUCGGAUCGAGGUCUUUCGUGCGAGGCCCUGGGGGUGACUACAACGUGGCACUAGACCUAUCCACAACUAGCAGCGGAACGAGCACUGCAUACGUAUAUCAAACCUUCGCCACUACUUCCGGCACAGUCUAUACCGUGACAUUCGUUACCGAAGCCAUUACAGGAAAUGCCAACUCCGCUUUAACAUGCAGCGUGAACAACGGCAUUUCAUCUGGGACGACAGUGAAAACCAACACCAACAGAGGGUCAUGGAUCAGCAACUCAUUUUCCUUCCCUUCCACGUCCUCAACCACCACGUUGACCUGCAGAAUUUCGUCCUCAAUCGCUUCUAAUAUAUAUUUGACUGGGAUCACUGUUACUUGCUAG